CCGCUGUCCACCGCCGCUUCCAUGACCCCGCCGCGAUCCAGAUGUGUACCUUGAUGAAUAUCAAAACUGGUGGAUGCAGUGAAGAUUGCUCCUACUGCUCCCAGUCUUCCCGGCACAGCACUGGCCUGAAGGCCACGAAAAUGAGCCCCGUCGACGACGUUCUCAAGGCCGCCAAGAUCGCCAAAGCAAAUGGGAGUACUCGUUUCUGUAUGGGCGCUGCUUGGCGUGACAUGAGAGGUCGCAAGACAAGUUUGAAAAAUGUCAAGCAGAUGGUAUCUGGUGUUCGGGAGAUGGGAAUGGAAGUCUGUGUCACGCUAGGAAUGAUCGAUGAUAACCAGGCCAAAGAACUGAAGGACGCCGGUCUAACAGCCUACAACCACAACCUGGACACCUCCCGCGAAUUCUACCCGACUAUCAUCACAACCCGAUCGUACGACGAGCGACUGAAGACCUUGUCUCAUGUCCGAGAUGCCGGCAUCAACGUUUGCUCUGGUGGUAUUUUGGGACUCGGUGAGGCUGACUCUGACCGUAUUGGUCUUAUCCACACUGUUUCCUCGCUGCCAUCGCACCCUGAGUCGUUCCCGGUGAAUGCUUUGGUCCCUAUCCCCGGUACCCCAUUGGGAGACCGAAAGAUGAUCUCCUUUGAUAAGCUUCUACGCACUGUCGCAACCGCCCGGAUUAUCCUUCCCGCAACGAUCGUCCGCCUUGCUGCGGGCCGCAUUUCCCUCUCAGAGGAGAUGCAGGUGGCCUGCUUCCAGGCUGGUGCAAACGCUGUUUUUACCGGAGAAAAGAUGCUGACGACUGACUGCAAUGGCUGGGAUGAGGACCGAGCCAUGUUUGACCGAUGGGGCUACUACCCCAUGCGCAGCUUCGAGAGGGAAACCAAUGCCGUCUCCCCCCAGCAACAGGUUGACUCUGUUGUCCAAGAGUCAGGGAAGACCCCCGCUGCGCCGGCCGCAGAAGCCCUAUGAUAGGGCUGCAGACCAUGACCCCACCCCCUCAAAAUCCAUGUUCAUCUGUUACCCCCUCUCCGCGUGUGACUCACGGAGGAGCGCUAGAGCAUUGCUAGGCCCAAUACAACUACAUCCGCAUCAAUCAGACCUUUCCAUC